AUGACGAUCAGUGGUGGCUCACGAAGUGCCGAGUAUGGGGCACCCAAUACGCCCACAUCGUCGUCGUCCACACCAAGAUCGCAACUUCAAAUAACAAGUCCUGAGAGUGACCUGAAUUAUGCACGGCUUCUGCAGUACAACGCGUGUUAUGAUGCAAUGCCGGCCAGUUCGAAAAUGGUCGUUUUCGAUGUAAAUUUGCAGCUGAGGAAAGCAUUCAAUGGUCUCAUCUAUCAAAAUACUCGACAUGUGCUGUUGUCCGAUCCGGAAUCUGAUGGAUCGGUUGUUGGGAUUCUAUCGGUUACUGACUUCAUACGUGUUCUGCUCAAGUUGUACAAGUGA